AAGGGCCCAAAGGAGCCCCAGAGACAGGCCUCCCUCCUCUUCAGAGGGACAAGGAGGAGGAGGAGGCCAUGGAGGGCCCCGGGAAUCAGUGGGGCCGCGUGAGGGAGCAGCACGGCCAGGUGGUCACUAGCUGCCAAGAAAAAAUUCAGCACUGGAAGAAGGUGGAGAGUGACUAUGACGCUCUUCAAGAAAGACUUGGCACAUUGCCAGAUAAGCUUUCAUACGAUAUUAUGGUUCCUUUUGGUCCCCAUGCUUUCAUGCCAGGAAGAUUGGUUCAUACUAACGAAAUCACAGUCCUCCUCGGUGACAACUGGUUUGCAAAAUGUUCCGCAAAGCAGGCCAGCGGUCUAGUGGAACAUAGGAAAAAACAUGUCAGGAAAACACUGGAUGAUUUGCAAAAAGUCUUGAAGAAUUUUCAGGCCAGAGUUGAAUUCUCAGAAGAUUUACAGAAGAUGAGCAAUGAAGCAGGAGACUUCGUUGAUAUAAAAGAAGUAAUUGAAAGUAAUGGCACUGAAAUAAAAGGAAAACACAGAACUGCUCACAAACCUCAUUCGAAACCAAAAACACUUGCUUUUGAAGCAAAUCUUCAAGAAAACGGAGCUGGGAGCCUGAAAACGGAGGAGGACCUCUGGGCCAGGCUUGAUGAACUGGAGAAGCAAGAAGAGGCCCUUGGUGAAUGUGAAAGGAAUCCUGAGAGCUCUGGGUUGGAGUUUUCAAUCCAGAAGAAGAUUUCCGAUGCCAUUCAGGCAAAUGGAGAGGAUGCCUCUUCCUCUGAAGAAGAAGAAGAGAAGGAAGACAAGAAGACAAAUGUGAAUACAGUUCAUGAGGAAGACGAAUCUCAUACUCAGGGCAACUUUCAGAAAGAAGUGGCCAACUCUGCAUUGCACAGAGGUCAGCUGAAUGGCCCAGGACAUUGUUGCAGUGAUGAGGAGGAGGAGGAAGAGGAAGAGGAGGAUGUAGUCAUUGCUGAGAAUGCUGUACCAACAAUAUAUUUCUCCCAUACUGUGGAACCUAAAAGGGUACGAAUAAACACGGGGAAAAAUACAACGUUAAAAUUCAGUGAAAAGAAAGAAGAGGCAAAACGAAAACGGAAGAACAGCAAUGGCAAUGGACACUCGUCUACGGAGCUGCCGAGCAUCAAAACACCAGCAGACAUUUACCGAGUCUUUGUUGAUGUUGUGAAUGGAGAAUAUGUCCCUCGUAAAUCAAUCCUGAAGUCUCGAAGCCGGGAGAAUAGUGUUUGUAGCGAUACCAGCGAGAGCAGCACGGCCGAGUUUGACGACAGACGAGGAAUUCUGAGGAGUGUCAGCUACGACGAAGCCACCUACAGCGACAACAGCGAAGGGAUCUUGGAGGAGGAGGAGGAGGAAGAAGAGGGCGAGCAGGAACAUCCUUCCAGAAUCCCAUCACUCACGUCAGGAAUCUAUGAGGCUUUCUCGGGAACGGUGGUGGAGAAGGAGCCCUUGUCCCCGCUUUCAGUGCUGCACCCGAUCCUCGCACAUCCUGUCCUGCCUACCAUUCCUGAGCGGAAAGCUGAGGAAGUGCUCUCAGAAGCACCGGAAGAAGCUACAAAGAGGGUUUCGAAAUUCAAAGCAGCCAGAAUACGACAGAAAACAUAGGUCCCAUUAACACAACAAAGUGCAUUAUAUGUAAGAUGGGUUACAUCUAGUGAACAAAAGGGUGGACUCUGCUGAUUCGAUACUGUUCAUGUUUUGGCCUCUCGUUGAUGGUAUUUCUUUUUCUCAUAUAUGAAUGAAUCUGUGAGGAAGAACUACAAUAUUCUCCAUAUUUUCUUAGAAUCUCUGUAUGCAGUCAGCACCUUUGUACAUGUUUGCCUUACGAUAAUAGCACUUGGAAUAAUUUUCAAAAGAAUAAUCUUCAUAAGGAUUUUUCCCCCUUCUCCUUUGUGUUUAAAACUAAUAGAAGCCGUUUUGUACCAGAUGUGAUGUUCCACAUGCCAUAUGGGUCGUUUGACAGAAACUUCCCGAAUUUCAAAUAGAGCCAACAAUUAUAUUUCAUGACUUGCUUUAGCGUUUUAAGAUUCACUUGUAUUUUUCCCCCCAUUGUUUUUGUAGGAUUUGCUUUUAGGUGUCUGUGCUGACAAAUCAUUUCUUUCCUACUUGCAUUUUAAAAUAAAAAAAACUGUCUGAAGACUUCACUUGUGUCGCAUCUACGAAACAGAACGCUGUGUUCAUGCACUUUGCAGGGAUGUUUCUUGAUGAGAAAAUAAAAUGGUAUUUUGUAAAAUUAAACUUUUCAAUUAAAGAAAAAGAAAAUUCCAGAA